GGGGACGGUGUCGGCGUCUUCGUGCACAACGAUCAUGGGCCGCCGGCUGAUUUCUUCGCCUCGGGUCUGAGCCCCGGCGUGGGGGGGAUUUGCGUUUUGCUUCGUUCCGCUGCGGGAUCAGCGCCGGGUAAUUUGGGAUUCGGCCACUUCCAGCCCAAAGCACCGAGGAUUCAGCCAUGGGAGACCCAGAAGCGAGCGGUACGUCCAUGGCGUUUGAAACAACCGUUGGCGCUCUUUGUCGCGGUCUCGACAAUCAAGAGAGGACACCUGAAAAUAGGAAGCGGUACAGUGAGAUAUUCCGGAGCCUGGAUGCCAUAGAAAUCUCACUUGGAAAUGCGGCGGUCGAUAUGUUCAUCGGUGAUGCCGACAGCGUCGACGACGUGGACCUGGCCACAGAAGGAGAGAGCGUCCCGAGCAGCUCAAGUUUCUGCGAGAGCAAAACUGGUUCAGAGAGGCAAGGGCAGGCGGACAUAACAGUUCAGGAGGCAGACGAAAUGCUGAUCAAAUGCGAAGGUGGCAUUGACGCGGCCCUCGAAUAUGCCAAGGCGUGGUGUAAAUACGUCAAGGAGCUGCUCAGCUGGAUUGAGAAACGCCUGAGCUACGAGACGGAGUUCGCCAAAGGGAUGGUGAAGAUAGCAGAAUCGGGACGGAACGCCAUCUUCCAACAGUACAACAUGCCCCUUCGGGCGCUCUACACAAUGGUCCUGGAACAUGACAUAAAAGUUGGAAAUUCAGCCAGCGAGACCGCGGGGUUGCUCCAACAGAAGGAAUUCUACCAGCCUCUGUCAGCCAAGAAGAACGAAAUUGAGAAAUGGAGGAAAGAAUUCAAAGAUCAGUGGACGAAGGAGCAGAAGAGAAUGAACGAAUCCUUGUCGUCCCUGCGCAAGUCCCGCCUGCAAUACAUACAGCGCUGCGAGGAGCUGGAGAAAGCAAAGCAGCUGAGUGCCAAGGCGGAGGAUGAAUACCAGAGCACGGCCGUCACCAACCCCGGCAGCGCCAACAAGCAGCUGGAGAAGCGACGCCGCUCUUGCGAGGAGGCGCAAGCCAAGGUUCAGGAAACGGAAGCUUUGUACAAGACGUGCAUCAACGACGCCAACUUCCAGCGCCAAGAACUGGAGAAAGUACGAGCGCGGAUCGUCUCCCAUAUUCGGAAGCUCAUUUACCAAGGGGACGAGGUGCUGACGUGGGUCACCUUAAGGAUGUUCAAGCAGCGGCAGGCUCAGUCAGAACAGAUUCCGGUGGGAUACCAGUACCUGUCCGAGGUCUGCAAGCCAUACAAAGCGGGCGAGAAAUACCUGGAAUUCAUUCAGGCUCUGCAGAAGAAGGACAUCCACAUGGAAGUGUUCGAAUUCGAGCCGCUCGCUUCCGGAGGGCAGAGGUCCCCUCCCAGCGUCAAAAAGAAGAUGGGAUUGCAGUACACCGGGCCCUCUCCUGCAGCCAGGGACGCGAGCGCUCCAGAAGACGCAUCCAGAAAGCCAUUCCCCGCAAAUGGCGAACAGAGUGUGAACAAAUCCCUCUGCAGCGACACAGAAAGCCUCGGUGGGAGCUGCGAAUCCCGAUCCCUGGAUUCUCCCACUUCUAGCCCAGGAAACUCCGAUAGGAAAUUGCUGAAAGCUCCAUCCACCGGCACCAUGUCCUCCUCAGAUGAUUUUGAAGAGCGAGAUUCCUUGCAAACUUUGGAAAAUGAAAACGGGACAUUCCAGCAGCAGUUUAAGAACAUCCUCCUCUCCAGCGCAGCACAGACCCACCGGCUCCGGAAGCUGCGGGGGGCAUCCAAGUGCAGGGAGUGCGACACCUUCAUGGUCAGCGGCUUCGAGUGUGAGGAGUGCUGCCUGGCCUGCCACAGGAAGUGUCUCGAGAAUCUGCUCAUCACCUGCGGCCACAAGAAGCUGCCCAACCGAGUGCCUCUCUUUGGCAUCGACUUCACCCAGGUUCCUCGAGAUUUCCCAGAGGAAGUUCCCUUCAUCGUGGUGAAAUGCACCUCGGAAAUUGAAGCCCGUGCCCUCGGGGUGCAGGGGAUCUAUCGGAUAAGUGGAUCCAAAGCCCGGGUGGAAAAGCUCUGCCAGGCAUUCGAGAGCGGACGGAGCCUGGUGGAGCUCUCCGAGCACUCCCCCCACGAUAUCACCGGCGUCCUGAAGCAUUUCCUGAAGGAACUUUCGGCACCGGUGCUGCUAUCCCAGCUCUACGAUGAUCUCAUUGCGCUCGCCAAAGAUCUGCAAAAGCCUGGGGAGGAAAAGUUGGAUGGCGCAGGCUUCCCUUCCGACCCCAUCCAGAGCAUGAAGGACUUGCUAAGCAAAUUGCCAGGAAGCAACUACAACACUCUGCGGCACCUCAUCGCACACCUGUACAGGGUGGCGGAGAAAUACGAAGAGAACAAGAUGUCCCCAAACAACCUGGGCAUAGUAUUUGGGCCAACUCUGAUCCGGCCCGGCUCAGGGAGCGACGUCUCAAUGUCAUGCCUUGUUGACUCUGGGUAUCAAGCCCAGAUUGUGGAGUUUCUCAUCCAGAACUACGAAAGGGUGUUUGGGAUGGAGGAUCUGCCUUCAUCCUUAUCCCUCGGGUGUGAAAGUCCUUCGCAAGAAGCAUCGACAGAAAAGGACAAAGGACCUCAAAGCCUGAACACAAGCCAGAAUAUGACCUUAGAGAAUUUCUCCUCCAAGCACGGUUUAAAUGUGGACUCUGUCUCUGAUAACUCGUCUUCCAGGGAAGCCAUCGAUGAGCUGACUCCGGAGGGAGCCCACGGGCCGUUAAGCGCCGAUGCCUUAGAGGUGAAUGUGAGCGUUGGCUCUGAGCUGGAGGACCUGGAGGACUCCACGCAGGAAAAGACCGACAGCGAUUCGGACACGGCCCCAGGGACCCAGCCCAGCUGCCACUUCAGCCGACAGCCUGUGAAAUACAUUCGAACGCAGGCAAAACCAAAACCGGUCAUUCCCAAGUCUUCCAAAUUGCCUACCGCAUCAGCCAACGUGGCAACGGAGCCUGGUGCAGAAGACAACCCUACCGACCGCAGCUCCACGGCAAAGGACACCCUGGAGGUUGGCACGAGGAGCAAGAACAGCUCGACCGACACAGGAGCACCCAGGCCACGCUCAGGAGGGAGACAGCAGCUCAAACAUUUUGAGAUCACGCAGGAAACCGCCAGGAUUGUCUCGAAGCUUAAAGUCGACGACGCUUCUGUGUUCCCCGAGCCUCCUCUGGAGCGCGUGGGAGCUACGGAGAGAGCAGAGGAGCUCAACCCAGGGACGUACCUAUAGGAAAAACCCGCGGGGUAACAGAUCGUAGGGAUGGAAAGGGAGCGAGGAGCGAAAUCCUGCCGAGCAAAGGGAUAGCGACGGGGAAUAUGAGAACAACAUCCUAUCGGUGUUUGCCAUGGAGGCUGGGGAAAAGGCGCCCGCCGUGACCUACCCGGUGGGCUUUCAGCUCAGCCAGGUUUUGUUUUUUAUUCACGAACAAAUCCAAGUGAGCGACAAGAAGCAAGCCCAACGGCGCGUGCUCUUUGGAACAUGCCCCGCUUAGCAUGAAGGACAACACAAGAAGCAGGGGAAACACAAGAUUGCCCAGCUAGGAAGAUGUAGCCAGGAAGGAGGCAACUGAAAUGUGGGACACGGGACAGAAAAGGUCCCCAUGCGGUUGUUUUCCGGCAGCUGCCACAAGCACUGAUCUUUGUAAUUUUUAUUUCACAGCUUUUUUGAGCGUAACUCACUUUUUAAGGGCAACAGGACAGGGGACGCAGGCAAAGCUCGUGUACUCUGCAUCCUUCUGCUUCUGUCGCUGGAGCUUCAAAGCCCGAAGCCAUUCUGCAAAGGGAAACAACACUGCCAUGCUCUGAGCCGGACCCCAUUUCUCCGGAACACGGAUUCUGGUUCCCUCAAAGCACGUUGAGCUUCUGCAACACUUCCAUGGGAAGCCGCUGCCGUCGUGAAGGUGGCAAAGCCCUGAACCCCCCCCCAGCCGAUGAUCUCUUGGGUGUAAGAGGUUGCUCUGACUUGCCGGAUCUCCGGCUCGCCCACAUGGGGGUUGCCCCAACGCUUCUUUCCUCCUUCCCCGCAGUGGAUUUUCUCUCCACCAAGUUUUGAGGUACGGACAGGGAGGACUCUGUCCUACAGUGCCAUCUCGUGACUGCUCUGGAUCCUUUCUUCCCCCAGCCUGUAUUGACACCAGGGUUGCCCCGACCCAGGGACAGGACCUUGCCCUUGGCCUUGUUGACCCCCAUGAGGUUCCCAUGACCCCCCCUCUCCAGCUUGGCCAGGUCCCUCUGGAUGCCGUCCCGUCCUUCUGGCGUAUCAACCGCACCACCCAGCUUGGGGUCACCUGCAGCCUUGCUGAGGGUGCGCUCGACCUCGCUGUCUACGUCAUCGAUGAUGACAUUAAACAGCGCCGGUCCCAGUACGGACC